AUUAGAUUCUAAAAUGUUCCGUCGAGAGCAACUUCAUACCUGUCUAAUUCUAACCGUUUGUUUAGCCUUAGGGUCCAGCCUUGCCGGGGAUGAUGAUGAUGAGAUAGACUCAAAUUAUUUUCGAGAUGGAGAUAUUACGGAAGAUUUUAAGCAUAUUCGAAAACACCUGGAAGGAAUCAUCGACGUGAAUAAGCACGAUAUCGAAAAAAUGUCGGUACCCCAAGUGCUCUUUCAUUACUUCAAGUCCCACGAUUUCGACGAUAAUAAUAGACUAGACGGCUUAGAAUUGAUGGAAGCGAUGAGUCAUUCUAUAGAAUCUACUAUGAAGUUACGCUUGGGAGAUGAUUUUGAAAAUGUCAAGGACAUGCAAAUCAGAAGAAGAGCUAUUCGUUUGGUUGACCGAAUACUACGCGACGACGACAUCAAUGGAGACGGUUACAUAGGAUAUAGGGAAUUCGCAAAGUCGACAAGACUUAAUAAAGUUCUUAAGCGUUUGUAA